UCCUCCAGCAAAGCUGCGGAGGGUCUUGCUUAAGGUCAGCAAGGAAGGUGGGGCGCAGCCUGAUGACGCGAGCAGGGGGCGGAGCCUACUGCGCCCAGCCUGCCAGAGUCGCCACGUGAGGACGGGAAGGGAAAAGCAGCUGCGGCGGCCGCGAUGGGCGGCUUGGAGAAAAAGAAGUAUGAGAGGGGUUCUGCCACCAACUAUAUUACCAGAAACAAAGCCCGGAAGAAGUUGCAGUUGAGCCUUGCAGAUUUCAGGCGACUCUGCAUCCUAAAGGGGAUUUACCCCCAUGAGCCCAAACAUAAGAAGAAAGUGAAUAAAGGAUCUACUGCUGCCAGAACAUUCUACCUCCUGAAAGACAUAAAAUUUCUCCUUCACGAGCCCAUCGUCAACAAGUUUCGGGAAUAUAAGGUGUUUGUCCGGAAACUGCGCAAAGCAUAUGGGAAGAGUGAAUGGAACACUGUGGAACGACUGAAAGAUAACAAGCCAGGCUAUAGAUUGGACCACGUUGUCAAGGAGAGGUACCCAACCUUUGUUGAUGCCCUGCGGGACUUGGACGACGGCCUCUCCAUGUGCUUCCUCUUCGCAACCUUCCCGCGCACUGGCAAGUGUCACGUCCAGACGAUCCAGCUGUGCCGCCGGCUCACUGUGGAGUUCCUCAACUAUGUCAUUGCCUCCCGCUCCCUGCGCAAGGUAUUCCUGUCCAUCAAAGGCAUCUACUACCAGGCUGAGGUGAUGGGGCAGAUGGUCACCUGGAUAACACCCUACGCUUUCUCCCACAACCACCCGACGGACGUGGACUAUAGGGUCAUGGCUACCUUCACUGAGUUCUACACCACUCUCCUGGGCUUCGUUAAUUUCCGCCUCUAUCAGUCCCUCAACUUGCACUACCCCCCAAAGAUCGAAGGCCAAGUGUCUUCGGAGCUGAAGACGGAGGAAGAGGAGUCGUAUGCGUUGGACUCCGAGAGCUACAUGGAGAAACUCUCUGCUCUCGGCGCCAGCCUGGCCCGAGUGGUGGCGCCAAACCCAGAGGAUGAGGCUGAAGUGGACGAGUUCCCCGUGGAGGGAGAGAGUUCAGAACAAGAGGAGUCCCGGCAGAAGGAGCAGGAAGCCUUGGAGAAGCAGAAGAAGCUCUUUGAGGGUCUGCGCUUCUUUCUCAACAGGGAGGUACCCCGCGAGCCCCUGGCUUUUGUUAUCCGGUGCUUUGGGGGCCAAGUAUCCUGGGACAAAUCUGUUUGCAUUGGCGCUACCUAUGACGUGACAGACGCAACCAUCACCCACCAAAUCGUGGACCGGCCUGUUCCGGAGGAGCAAGCGAUUGGCAGGUAUUACCUGCAGCCACAGUGGGUCUUCGACUCUGUCAACGCCAGGCUGUGUCUUCCAGUGGCAGAUUAUUUUCCUGGCGUCUUACUGCCUCCGCACCUCUCACCAUUUGUGUCUGAGAAAGAAGGGGAUUACAUCCCGCCGGAGAAGCUGAAGCUGUUAGCCUUGCAGAGGGGGGAUGAGCCAGGAGAAGAGAGCGGGUCAGAAGUGGAGGAAGAAGAAGAGGGUGAAGAUGAAACAGAAGGCUCAGAGGAAGAAGGGGAGCAGGAGGAUUCUGAGAAAGAAGAUGAGGGGAGGCUGAAGAAGAUGGAAGAUCAACGCACCAAGAGCAAGACCCUCCCAGUGAAGGUGACGGCUGGCAGAGUUCUGCGAGAGGACAAGCAGCGGCUGGCACAGGAGGAGCAGAGCGAGGAGAAGCGCUUGGCCAUCAUGAUGAUGAAGAAGCGGGAGAAGUACCUCUACCAGAAGAUCAUGUUUGGGAAGAAACGCAAGAUCCGAGAGGCUAACAAACUGGCAGAGAAGCGAAAAGCUCAUGACUCAGUGGCAAAAUCGAAGAAGAAAACCAAGAAAGCACGGCGGGAGUGACCCGGGUCUCUCGCCCCAGCCUGUCUCUUCAUACACAGGCCUACAAGAUGGACACUUUGGGCAUGGAGUUGGGCUUUUAAGCCGGUGGUGGGAACCCUCGGAAUCCUGGCUUCUUGCCCUGAAUCUAUCUUCGUCACGGCGGUGCCCCAGGGCACGCAGGGACUAGUACCUUGGCCAUGGAACCCAUGACUUCUUGUGGGGUGAAACACAUGAUUUAUUUAAAACACAUCUGAAUUCUCCUCAGUUUCCUCCAGGAUUUCCUCAUUGAGUGCUGGCUGCUUGUAGCUCAACCAGUCAAGACAGAUUUUUUAGGCUCUAACAGGAAAAAACCCACUUAUCUCAAUGGGAGGAAAAUGGCCGCCUCUCCCCGCCAUUUCACUGAGAGCAUGAAUAAGGGUCUUCUAUCUGAGGGGAAAAUGGGUUUACCCACACAGGCUUCCUGUGAGAGGAUCUCUCCCUCUCUCUGGCUGUUUUGGCUCAAGAGAAUAAGGAGGCAUACAUCCCUCCACAGCCGCCAUCCCUUAUGUUUUAAAAAGUCACUAUCCUCCAGCUGGUGGAUGUAUGGGAGGGAACCUGUGACCCUUCAGAGGGCAGAAUACCUCAGAACUGUUGCUGUGUUUGGUAGAGAAAGCUGCUUCCAUGAUCACCACGAGGGCUUGGGUUGGACAGCCCUGUUUUUGGUAAACGGAACAGCUUGGGGAUUCAGGGAUCAUGUGGGUGCGUUUUCUCCCCACCCUACUUCUGUCAUGUUUGAUUUGGAGGGCCCCCCUCCCAGCACCCACCCAUUGCCUGGACAGCUGCAACAAUACAUCCGGACCCUGAGCUGCUUCUGCCUUUGUCUUACAAUUGUAAAUUGCAGGAUAGCGCUGUUUCUUUUAUUAAAUCGAGCUUUGAAAUUAA